AAUUCCGCAAAUUGACGUGGAGCGACCUAACGAAGGAAUAACCAUGCCAAAGCGAGGCGACGGAGUUUCAAAUUCCCGCCCAGUUACCUUGUACAAGAAGCCCUGCAAUUUGAAUCCAUUUUGACCAAAAUUUAAGUACUCGAUUCGUUCUUCUUCUUCAUCAUUAUAGUGUCUGAUCACAAUUCUAUAUACACUGACUUCUGUUUACCAGAUUUGGGGUUGGGUUGGAAACAAUGAAUUUGGGGGAUCUGAAUAAGAUAUGGGAAAUCAAGGCCCUGAAGCGAAAGCCAAAUGAAGAAGAAGCUCGAAAGAUUCUGGAGAGAGUCGCCAAACAGGUUCAACCAAUUAUGCGUAAACACAAUUGGAGAGUCAAAGUUCUCUCCGAGUUCUGUCCCAAAAACUCGGCUCUCCUUGGUCUGAAUGUAGGAAAAGGUAUACAUGUAAAAUUGAGGCUUAGGAGACCAAACAGAGAUGAUCAGUUUUACCCAUUUAAUGAGAUUCUAGAUACAAUGCUCCACGAACUCUGCCACAAUGUUCACGGCCCUCACAAUGCCAAUUUCUACAAGCUCUGGGAUGAAAUUAGAAAGGAAUGCGAAGACCUCAUGAAUAAGGGAAUAAGUGGUACUGGUGAGGGAUUUGAUGUUCCUGGAAGGCGUUUGGGAGGAUUCUUGGCCAAGCCUCCUCUUUCGUCUCUUCGCCAAACUGCAUUGUCUGCAGCUGAAAAGCGAGCACGUCUUGGAUUGCUGCUUCCUUCUGGCCCUAAACGCGUUGGUGGAGAUAGUUCAAUUAAAGCUGCGCUUAGCCCAAUGCAAGCUGCUGCAAUGGCUGCAGAAAGGAGAUUACAGGAUAAUAUUUGGUGUGGCUCGGAGUCUUAUGAUGUAUCUGAAGAGAAUGACAGUACCGAUUCUUUGCUGAAGCCUUCAGAUACCGGACUUAGCUUUGCAAAGUCAAGUGGUCAUAGGGGAUUAGAUGGACAGGGUAUGAAUGUGUUAUCUCGAAAAAGAAGUCGUGAAUCAGACAAUGUUUCAUCAUCCCAGUUGUUGGAUGGUCACCUAGAAUCCACUUUUAUAGAUUUGACCAAGGUUACUUCAGAAUGUGGUUCCAGCUCUUGUCACGAUAAAAUGUUGGACGAUAAUAUUUGUAGCAUGGAUAAGUCAUGGAUGCAGUCAUCCGAAAGUAAUAAUUCUGUGAAUUUAUCCAAAGAAGCUUCCACUCCUCAAUCUAUCUAUAUUCAGGGAUUGGUUCCUGACAAGGAUAGUUUCAAAAUGUGGGAAUGUACAAUGUGCACUUUGUUUAACCCGCCACUAGCUCCAAUAUGUGAGCUCUGUGGAAGCCAAAAACCAAAAGAUGGGAAUUCGAGAAAUGUAAUCUGGUCAUGCAAAUUUUGUACAUUGGAGAAUAGUGUGAAGUUAGAGAAAUGUGCGGCAUGUGAGGAGUGGAGAUAUUCUUAUGGCCCACCUUUGGCUACUCCGGCCCCCAAUCUUGGUACUUGAGGUGAUUCAGUUCACUGUAGCAUUGGAGCUACGAAAGUUUAGCUUUUGUUAGAUAGGUGUCUGCCUUCACGAGCGUCCACGAGUUGGGGUCUUCAUCUAAUGGCUUUGAAUUAUAUUUCACUGUAAGUAUAUAUCAAGUGAUUGAAGAAACCACGUCAAUCACAGAUUAAUGAUUUUUCCAUCAAAUAUGAUUCUAGGUUGGAUUAUCCCGGAAGUCAGAGGCAUAGCAAUAUAAACAGUGGGCUUAAUAUUAUCGCUGCCAGAUGUUUGUUUGAAAGAAGUUCGAUGAUAGAUUGUAUUACCUUGGUCGUCUUUAGAAUUAUGGCAUCUUCUUGAUGCUUGAAAGGAUAUUUGUGAACCGUGUAUUUUGUUGACAGUAAAAUAGGGGAAAAUUGUACCAGCGAUCCCUAAUGUUUUUGUUUUUUGCAGGUUUUAUGUUAACCUUCAUUUUGUGUUAGCGAAAGUUCGUAACCUUUCAUAAUAUGCACCCGAGAUCCAUUUGGAUGGAAAAUCAUUCAAAACACUGUCAGUUGAACGGGAAAAUUUCUUGAACCAUUUGCUGUCGUGACGGUUUUAUUGAAUGUUGAUAUCUUUUUGGACGGUGCUUUUGGAUCGUGUUUUGGACGGUUUUAUUGGAUGUUGAUUCCUUAUUUUUUUGGUCAAUUGACGGUGUUUUAGAUGGUUUCCAUCCUAAUGGACUUUAGGUGCAUAUUUAUGAAAAGUUAGGAACUUUCGUUGGGACAAAAUGAAGAUUAGAAUA